ACCCUAGCGCUUCGCGUUAUGCUGGGCACAGACAGGUCCCCGUUAAUGAGCGAAGGAUCGCGAAUCGGGCCGGCGGCGCUGGCGGCGGCGCGGCGAUGGAGAAUAAAAGCCUAGAGAGCUCCCCGUCCGACCUGAAGCUGGUGGCGCACCCGCGGGCGAAGAGCAAGGUGUGGAAGUACUUCGGGUUCGACACCAACGCGGAAGGAUGCAUCCUGCAGUGGAAGAAGAUCUACUGCCGGAUCUGCAUGGCCCAGAUCGCCUACUCGGGCAACACGUCCAACCUCUCCUACCACCUGGAGAAGAACCACCCGGAUGAGUUCUGCGAGUUCGUCAAGAGCAACACGGAGCAGAUGCGGGAGGCCUUCGCCACGGCCUUCUCCAAGCUGAAGCCCGAGGCGGGCCAGCCGGGGGGCCCGGACCCGCUGGCGGCCAAGCCGGGCCCCGGCUACGAGAACAAGAAGCACCAGGAGCUGACGGCGGCCGUGGCGGGCCUGAUCUGCGAGGGCAUGUACCCGGCCUCCAUCGUGGACGAGCCCACCUUCAAGGCGCUGCUGAAGGCGGCGGACCCCCGCUACGAGCUGCCCGGCCGCAAGUACUUCUGCACCAAGGCCAUCCCGGAGAGGUACGGCGCGCUCCGCGAGGCGGUGCUCAAGGAGCUGGCCGACGUGCCCUGGUGCGGCAUCACCACGGACGCCUGGCGGAGCGAGAACCAGAACCGGGCCUACGUGACCCUGGCCGUCCACUUCCUCCAGGGCGGGCCCUCGGGCGGGCUGGGGCUGGCCUCGCGCUGCCUGAAGACCUUCGAGGUGCCCGAGGAGAACACGGCGGAGACCAUCACCCGCGUCCUCUACGAGGCCUUCGUCGAGUGGGGGGUCCACGGCAAGGUGUUCGGGGCCACCACGGACCACGGCAAGGACGUGGCCAAGGCCUGCUCGCUGCUGGACGUCCCCGUCCAGCUGCCGUGCCUGGGCCGGACGUUCAACGCCGGCAUCCAGCAGGCCUUCCGCCUGCCCAAGCUGGGCGGGCUCCUGACCCGCUGCCGGCGGCUGGUGGAGUACUUCCAGCAGUCGGCCGUGGCCACGUACGUGCUGGGCGAGAAGCAGAAGCGGCAGGGCGGCCCGCACUGCAUGCUGGUCAGCGACCGGGUGGCCUGGUGGGGGAGCACGCUGGCCAUGCUCCAGCGGCUCAGGGAGCAGCAGUUCGUCAUCGCCGCCGUCCUCGUGGAGGACAGCAACAGCCACCACCUGAUGCUGGAGGCCAGCGAGUGGGCCACCAUCGAGGGGCUGGCCGAGCUCCUGCACCCCUUCAAGCAGGUGGCCGACAUGAUGGCCGCCUGCCGCUUCCCCACCAUCAGCAUGGUCAAGCCCCUGCUGCACAUGCUCCUCAACACCACCCUCGGCGUCAAGGAGAACGACCCCAAGGAGAUCAGCAUGGCCAAGGAGGUCAUCGCCAAGGAGCUGGCCGCCACCUACCAGGACGCCCCCGAGAUCGACAUGUUCCUCAACGUGGCCACCUUCCUGGACCCCCGCUACAAGAAGCUCCCCUUCCUGUCGGCCUUCGAGCGGCAGCAGGUGGAGAACCGCGUGGUGGAGGAGGCCAAGGGCCUCCUGGACCGCGUCCGGGACCCCGCCUUCGGGCCCGAGGACAAGCCCUUCCCGCCGCCGUCGGAGGAGCCGCCGGCCAAGAGGGUCCCCGUCUCGGCCACCCCGCCCCCGACCAGCGCCAUCAACGACAUGCUGGCGGAGAUCUUCUGCCAGGCCGGGGGCGCCGAGGACCAGGAGGAGUGGCACGCCCAGGUCGUCGAGGAGCUGAGCAACUUCAAGUCCCAGAAGGUCCUGGGCCUGAGCGAAGACCCCCUCAAGUGGUGGUCGGACCGCCUGGCCCUCUUCCCCGUCCUGCCCAAGGUCCUGCAGAAGUACUGGUGCGUCCCGGCCACCCGGGUCUUCCCCGAGCGCCUCUUCGGCUCCUCGGCCAACGUGGUCAGCGCCAAGAGGAACCGCCUGGCCCCGGCCCACGUGGACGAGCAGGUCUUCCUCUACGAGAACACGCGCAGCGCCGCCGAGGCCGAGCCCGAGGACGAGGACGAGGGGGAGUGGGGCCUGGAGCAGGACCAGAUCUACACGCUCGGGGAUCCGGUCGGCGGGACCGGGGGCUUCUUUAACAUCAGGGACGGCGGGUUCAUCUGACCCCGCCCCGGCGGGCGGGGAGGGGACGGGGCCCGGCUCCGGGGCCGCCGGAGGGAGAGGAGAGAUCCUGCGGGGCCGCGCCGAGGAGGGCGGGGGCGGACGGAGGCGACCCCGGCCGGUCGUCUUCUCCGAACCGCGAGGGGGGACGGCCGCCGGCCGGAAGCGGAGAAGCGGGCCGCUUCGCGGGGGGGAGACCGCAGCGGGCGCGGAGGAGCGUUUUCUUCACGUCUGGACUCGCCUCGCUCCCCUUCACACGUAAAAAGCGCCCGCUUCCGGGUCCCCACUUGAGUAUUUUACACGCUGAACCACCCAACCAAAGCAGAACUGGGGUGUGUGCUCCGUUUUAAAACAUUUACACUCCCCUUCGGAGCAGUUUUUUGGCCUUUCUGUUUUAAACUCAGUUUUCUGUUUGAAACUGGGAUGGCGCGGGAAGAGCAGAGAGCGGAAACAGUCCUCCCUUUGGCAGAGGGGAAUAAAAGUCUCUGCUUCGGGCUGCUUCUUCAGGUGUAAUAUUUGUCUUUUUCCUAUGUAAGUAUAUAAAGAGGUUUACUUUUUAAUUUAAGCGGGCACUCUGGCCGGGAUACUCAGAACCUUUCGGUCGGAAUAGCCUGUAAAGGAGGCCGGGUGAAAGUUUAGGGUCACGGGCCGAAUACGAGGUAGAAGCACUUGGAACGGACGGAACGAAACACGAGGUGUUCGGCCCCGGGCGCCCUCCGGGAGCCCUUUUCUCUCUCCCCUGCUCAAGAGUCCAGUCUGCGGAGGUGUCUGGUAUCCACCGUUCGCGAGCGUAUUUCCGAAUCAGGUACACACGGGCUGCGGGGGGCCAACGACCGAGGCUUUCACGUUGGCUCAAGUCCCAGUGAUUUUCCUUCGGCCGGAAUGAUCCCCCUCGUCUCUUCCGAGCUAUCGUCCUCUGAGAAACCGGUCCGCGGCCCGCCCGCCUUCCCCCUCGUUCCGCUAAAGUAGCCGGAUCCCCGGGGGGCCUCUGGGGAUUGUGAUGGAGGGAGAAGAUGAACUCUUUUCUCUGCCUUGUGGUUCCCCACCCCGCUGUCCGUUUAGAAAAUCGAAAAGAGCCUUGAGGAGUCGACUCUUUGCGACCGUUUGGAUUGACGUUUAUCGUUCGGCCCAGCGCAGAAUUCCAGCUCGCUAUUUGAUCGCGGGGAUUCUGGCCGUCAUUCCGGGGGUCUGGGAAAUGAAUGCCUUUCCUUUGUCGAGAUUCACCCUGGUAACUUCUUCCAGUGACGUGUUCAGCAGCUCGGGUCGGGGUGGGUGAACUCUCGUACCACCUGUCGUCCAUCUGAAAAACGAGGGAUGAGGCCACACUCCUUCCCGGGGUGGAGAGAGGAACGGGACGGGGGAGGUGUCGAUCGUAGGACAGAGAUCCACGGAAGCGACUGGGAUUCUCCCGGGCCUUUCAGAGGCCGGGAUUUGGGCCGACGUCAACAGAGAGGCUUAACCUACCCCACCGGGGUAUGCAGAGUUAGUUUCCGACCUUCACUUGCUCCCGUACUCUGAGAUACUUCUUGGGUUUUCGGGGGGAAGGGGCGGGCCAGUCUAGGAGGUGCCUUAAAUUGCCUCUUUCACUGUCCCAAGCCUGAAAACCGGGUCAAGUGCAACUGUAAUUUGCGCUCCGUUGUGUUAACCGGGAGCGGUGCUGUGUGCUGUUCUCUGUUCCUCAAGACCUAAGAAUUUUCGCAAUUCUCCAUGAGACUGUAAAGCGUUCUGAUGUUCCACAGCUCAGUGUCUUUAUUUUAUUUUUUUCAAAGCCAUUUUUGUCCGUCCGUUACUUUUUUUCUUAUUUAAUUGUUUUAAGCUUUGACUGUUGUUAAAUAAACCAGAGAAAUAAAUUAGCUACCUAUUUAUUUGUCA